GGGGGAGGUGAUCCAGUAGAAUGGUUAAACAAGGCUGAACAGUUUUUUGCAUUCUAUCAAAUUCCUGAAGAUAAGAAGUUGGCUCUGGCUACUCUGCAUCUUACAGACAAAGCCUCAGAUAGGUGGUUUAUGUUCAAACAUGAGUUUGCUAACUCUUGGGCAGGGUUAUCUGAGUUGUUGAUGAGGGAAUUUAGUGAGCACAAUAAAAUGGACUAUCAAUCAGCUUAAGCAAGGAUGUCUCAGUCAGGGUCAGUAGAGCAGUUUAUGGAGGAUUUCACCAAGCUUUCUAGAAGAGCCCCAGGAUUUGGCCCUCAAACCUUACUGUCAUUCUUUAUAGGAGGUUUGAAAGACUCUAUUCGACCCGAUGUAAGAGCUCUUAAGCCUAGUACCCUUUAUGAAGCUUGUGAGUUGGCAAAAAUUUAUGAGGAAGAGGAGAAAAACAUCAGAUUGCAGUCCAAAGCUCAGGUGGCUUCCAGACCCCCAAUACCACCAAGACCUAUCAACAAUGUCUUUCAGCAGAGAGCAGCACCACCUGUUGCGCCUAGGCCUUUACAAGGAGCCAAUGCAGGGGGCAAUAGAAGGUUGACACAAGCAGAAUAUCAGGAGAGGAGGGCCCGAAACCAAUGCUUCUUUUGUGAUGAGAUAUUUAGACCAGGGCAUAACUGCAGGAGGGGACAAGCGUUGAUGGUGAUUGAGGUUGUUCAGGAGGAAGUGGAGUUGCCUGGUCCGGAGCAAGAAACUGAGGUGGAAGAAGGGAUAGCCGAGUUAAAUGCAGUUCAGGAGGUGGAGCUGCAGUUACAUGCUAUGGGAGAUUGCACCAAUAGCCAAACAAUGCAGUUGAAGGGAGAGUGUUUCAACCGAAAGGUCCAUGUAUUGGUGGAUUCAGGUGCAUCUCAUAAUUUUAUACACCCUUCAGUUCUAAGAAAUUCAAAAAUUAUGGCACAACCUAUCAAACCGUUGAAAGUGAGGAUAGCCAGUGGCUAUAUCAUGGAGACAAGGAGCAUAGUGCAGGUACUUCGUGGAGCAAGAUAAUGCAAAUAUGUGCUCAAGUGAUACAAGCAAGGCUUCCAAUACGAAGUAGAGAUGUCAUUGAUGGAGAUUGAUUACUCAUAUGGUCAAAAAUAUCAAGGAAAGGCGAUGGAACCACUUCACCAAAACAGAAGCUGCAAACACAAAAAAAGCUGAAAAAAUGGGUUCUGCUUAUUUUCUCCGGUUUUCAAGGCUAAUUUCCAUGCGGUUUCGAGAACGGUUUCACCAAGAUGACUGCCCAGAUUUGUAGAGGAGCAUUUGUAGAUCAAUUUGGACUCAAGAAUCAUCCAAAUCGGUGAUGUCAUCUGGGAGUUAUGAAGCUCCAAAGUUGGACAGAAAAUCAGCAGUUCCGGGAAAGCUGUGCAGCAGUCAAGUUCGAGGCAGUGUUUGGGCUGGAUUUUGAGAAGCUUUCUUGGGGGUUUUUUGCACG